AUGAUUUCAGAAAAGCUCUGUGAGCUUCUUAAGUGCCGCACUCCUGUGGGAUCCUGGUGCCAGGUUGUGAAAGACAAAGGUGCACUUGUGCCAAAGUGUAUCUGUCCAAAGACUUGUUCAAGGCAGAGGGCGCCAGUGUGCAGUGUGGUGGGUAAAACAUACAUGAAUGAGUGUUUUCUGCACAAAGAGGCAUGCAGAAAGAGACGGCGCACGGGACUGGCUCACACUGGACCAUGCAUGAUCCCCAGUGAUAAUUGCACCCAGGAGGAGCUAGGCCAGUUUCCAUACCGCCUCUUGGACUGGUUUCUGCUGCUCAGUCGAAUGGGAGAGUCGUACGCACCUGACGCUCCAACACAGAGCUGUCUCAGUCAUGCGCAGAGGAUACAGCUGGCACAGCAAAGAUUUGCUUUACUGGAUAGGAACAGAGACGGAAAGUUGAGCCGCAGAGACCUGAGGAAGCUGCAUUACAAAAGGAUGCCUCUGGAGCACUGCGCUACUUCUUUCUUUCAAUCAUGUGACACAGACAGGAACAGGAAGGUGACCCAGAGAGAAUGGACCACAUGUCUGGUGGACAAUUCUGAAGCCUGGUUUUACCACUUCAUGUCAAUCAGAAUGGGUUCUCACAAGAUGUGUUCAACGCGCACUGAUGACGACCUUUAA